AUGAUGCUCCCUCCCAGCCCAAUCCAAUUCUGCAUUUUGAACCUCUCAGGUUUGAUUGCGCGGAAUUUGAUUGCGCUGGGAACGGGUUGCGCCCCAGAGCAAAUGAGUUCGAAGAUUGCGCAAUCUACUCCAACCAAACAUCUGUCGACUUCGCUGGCUUGCAUAACACAUUCGCUGGUUGCGCCAGCUUCCAUGGCGAAUCCAACGAUACUUGCGCCGGCAUUGGCAACGCAUUCGACCAUGCCGACCAACAACUACUGCAUACACCCCAAGCAGUCCAAGGCACCGAUCCAUGGACUUCUGGCGUCUUAGGGUUUGAGGUUUGGGUUAUAUUUGUUUCUAACUACGCUAGCUUGCGACGAGUGUUUUUAUCUCUCUCUAAUAGUCUUGAAAUACAGAAGGACUAUACUAAUAAUACAGAGGGUAAGAGCCUGAAGGUGUCAGGG